GAGCCUGGGUUAAAUUCGAGGACUGGUUAGCGGAGAGAGAUUGAGUCUGGGAUCGUGUGUGAAGCGAAGCAGUGGCGAUCAAAGAUACUUUGGUGGCGACAGAGGGACAUCGAGCUUCGUCCCUCCCUCCCUCCCGCAGCUCUGCAAAGAGGGUGUGUGUUUCGGGAAGAGAAAAAGUUAGGCAGAAACUUUCUCUGUGCUAGGGAUGGCGCCCCUGGUCGCCUUCCUCCUGUCCUUAAACCUACUGGAGCUGAUCCAUGGAGCCAGCGGGGUGACGAUCAUAUCUUCAGAUAAGGACGUGGAAGUCAACGAAUUUGAUAAGGCGACACUGCCGUGUGAGUACGUGUUGGAGAGGGGCACGCAAGCUCGGCUGGAGUGGAAGCGCAUCGCCGGGGAACACAUCUCCUUCGUCUACUUCGGCGAACAGAUCGUGGAGAAGUACAGGGAGCGUGCGACCAUGCUGGGGCACAGUAUUGAGCUCCAGAGGGUGACCAGGGCCGACACUGCCACGUACCGCUGUGAGGUGACCGCCAAGCAGGACGUCAAGAUCUUUGCCGAGAUCUCCUUCAAGCUGGUGGUGUUGGUGCCGCCAGCCACGCCCACGUGCAAGGUGCCGAGCUCGGCGAUGUCCGGAUCGACGGUGGAGCUGGUGUGCAAGGAGAGCGAGGGCUCGCCCCCCUCCGUCUACACCUGGUACAAGGACAACGUGGUCCUCAUGGACGUCUCGGCCAAGGCUUCCACCGCAAACAACGUCUCGUACACCCUGAACCGCAGCGCCGGCACUCUGAGAUUUAACCCGGUGAGGAAGAGCAACAGCGGCACCUACUACUGCGAGGCCCACAACAAGGUGGGGCGGUCAGAGCGAUGCUCCCUCAAGUUCAUGCAGAUCAACGACCUGGAUGUGACUGCGAUCGUCAUCGCCGUGGUAACCAUCACCCUGGUGCUGCUGCUGUGCGGCCUGGGCCUGUGUUACGCCUGCAGGAGGGGCUACCUGGGCAAGAGCCGAUCGGCCAAGUCCAAUGCAGCCACUCGCACCAACACCCCUCCUGCGGGUGAAGACUUCAAACACACCAAGUCUUUUGUCAUCUGACGGCAAAUGAAGAACGGCGCGUCGGUGAAGAAUUCCGAAACCACUUCUCCAAUCCCUGAAGAAUAUUGUAUUUUGGACAAGGGGGGGGGUGGGGGGGUGAGUAGAUGUUGAGUUUGUUCCUUCGAUUCCUGUCUUUGACGUCUCCCUGAAUUCCUUCCUUGUAUCUUUUAAUGGCUGUACCUUCAGCUGCCGGUGCCCAGAGGUGGAGACUUUCCCUCUUGGUACCAACAAAAACCUGCCCGAAAACCUUGCCUGCUUCAUUGCCGGCCCAUGUCACACCACGCUCGCCCAUUGUACCGUAAGGUAUUGUACGACUGUUUACAAUAUUAGUGGCCAACUAGCUUAUGCACAUACUUGGCUGUUGACACUGACAGGAAUAAUUUU